AGGAGCCUAACGUCCAAUCAGAGAAGACUUCACUUUUAAACCAGAGACUGUAGUUCCUUCUCCCUGAAACCCACAACAAACACCAGCACCGACCCCAGCAGAGAGGUGUGGGCUCCGGGUUACGUGAGAGACUCAGUCGGUAGGUCUUGACUCGUCCACAGCUGGUCCAUGGAGGAGGGAGAGAGAGAUUGGGUAGAUGUGGCAAAUGAUCUACUCAGCAAGUGUCCCAUAAAGCUAAGGCUGAAGAAGCUGAUGGACUGCGACGCAAAUGUCUUCACUGCUCUGUAUGAAAACAUCUUGGGGGAGAAAGUUCCAGAUUACAUUGCAGCGCCAUGCAGCCAAGAGGAUGACAUCCACAACGUUCAGUCUGUGAUUGAUUCACUUUCCCUGGAUUACCUUCAGAUCAGUCUCUCACACAUUACAGGAGAAAAUGUCGUCAGUGGCGACAAAGAGUCUAUCAAGAACCUCCUGGAAAUCUUCGAUGGCCUCCUGGAAUAUCUCAAGGAGGAGAUAAGCGAGGAGUCACAGAACGGUGAAGAACUGAAUGACGGUGUCAAUGACGAUGUGCCUGAUGAAACCAAGGAGCCCACAAUCUGCAAUGCCACACAGAAUAAGGAGGCUAACCUGGAUGGAGGAUCUUUGUUUUCCAGUGGAGAGUCCGCUCUCCAUUCCAGUAAACAUUCCCUCCAUACCUGGAAUGCUGAGGAGAUGGGAUCAACCAGUGAGCUAAUUGGGCUGGGAGUCUCCGCACGCACAUUCACAUCCAAACAAGAAGACGCAGUCCCCACCUCUGGUCCUCUGGACGCCCAGGACACUCCACUGACUGAGCAGCUGCCCUCAGCCGUCGCUCUGCAGCCUCCCUCUCAGAGAGACACCCCCCGCGGACCCGACACAGACCCACACUUGCCAACCAAAUCCAGUCAAGGGCAUGCAGAGGAGGGAUCCGCUCCUGUCACUACAGAGACCGCUAAACCGCCAGCUGAGACAGUUGUUACCAAUGGACUACAGUCUCCUCCUCCCCAGUCUCCAGCUCCGAGUGAGACGUCUUUGUCCAGUCAGCAAAGAGCCGGGAGAGAAGUAGAGGGGGAGACACUAGAGCCGACCAAUGGGGGUCCCAGGAGGGUUUUAUUCCGCACCAAGCCAGAUGUGCUCUUCCUCAGCCUGCAGGAUGAGAGGAUAGUUACAACCCCUUCUCCACCAGAUGCUGAGGGGGAAGAGCAAGAUGAGGAGUAUCUAGGUCAUACACUAAAACAACCGGAUGGCAGGAUAGAUCCCAGAGCUGGGACAGGCCUCAGUAGCAGGUUGGAGGAGCCUCUGUCGUAUCGCAGACAGAGGAACAAGCAAACAGAAGAGGAGCUGCAUCACUUAUCUGAAAACCUUUCGCAUCGACUUGAGGAACUCGAUCAGAUGCUCAAACGAGUUCUUGGGGAAAGCGGAGAGUCCAGUGAAGUCAGAGAGGAAGACAAGCAGUCCCACCACAGUGACAGCGUCAUGGAGUGUGGCAGGACUCCCAGACAACACACAGUUUUAGGAACAGUUGACGGUGAAUCCACCCACCGGACACGCUCCUUAUCCCCCUCCCCUCCACGGGUCCGUCGCUCCCUGCACGGACAGUUAGAAGAUGCCAUGGCAGAGGCCUUGAGUCCGGAUGAUGGGAGACAAACCAACCUUGCAGCUACUGAUCAUUCAAGGCCAAGAGAGCUACACGGCAGACUGUCUCACAGAAAACAUAGCAAGUAUCUGGAGAAUGAUGCCUAUGAGGAGGAGUUGAAAAGAUAUAAAGACAAAGAACGGGCAGAUCUAGACAAGGCACGCCUCAAAGCUCAACAAGCCGAGCGCCAGUACAGAGAGGCCAUACUACGGGAUGUUUCCGAAGCCCCCAGACUGUCCCCAGCAAGAACGAAGGCCCAGCGUAGUUCACAACGUAACGUACAAACCACACCAGGACGGAGAAGGCAAGAGGCCCCCAGGAAAGCUCCUUCAAUGAAAGUGAAGGAGAAUGAACUCCUUCCUGUACUCCUUGAUGAGUUGCCCCACCUUCACAUUUCCCCCCACGCCCUGGGUCGGAUGUGGGAGCAACAGAUGCAGCAGGUGGACAGACUCCAUGCCCUGUCAUCCCCUCAUAGCCAGCGUCGCAGCAAACUCUCAACCCAGGUGGAAGAAGCCCGGAGGAAACAUGACCUGCUGGUGGAGAUCGUCCGUAAAGAUCAGGACCACAACAGGCGUCUGAGGGAUUUCAAAGAGCGUAUCCAACAGCAGAAGUCGACCCAGAACAGACUGAAGGAACAGAGGCAGCAGAUAGCACGUGCCAAGAAGUACCACAGCGACUACCAUGUCCAGCACCGUGCCCGCCUGAUGAGGGCACGCACCGAGGAGGAGAAGAUGUUUCGGCAUUUGUUUGAGGAGGGUUUGGAGCUACAGAAAGUUCGGUUGCGAGAACAGAAAGCCUACGCUAAGGAGCAGCGGCUGGAACAUCAGAGACGACACCAGAACCAGAUCAAGUCCAUGGAGAACUACUACAAAGACCAAUUUUCACUACUUUCUGAAAAACUUGCCCAAGAGCGGCAGGAGAUACACGUCCGGAAAAAAGCUCAAGAAAAGCUGGCCAUUGUUUGCAGCGUUCAACAUCUGUCGGCUCUGCUGAAGAUGAAGCGAGAGCUGCGUUCCAGGAUGGAGCGUGAAAUCGGUGAAUUGCAGAACAUCAUCAUCCAGAACGAUCAGGACGACCAUUUCCAGGAUCUGGAGGUCCAGACGCUGCGCAAUCGGGUCCAGAUGGCUUCCUUCCAGUACAACACUAGCUAUCUGCACUGAGCAGGGAGGCGAGACACAGGGCUGUUCUAAGCUCAGCUCAAUCAAAGCUUGAUUUACAUCAAAUGCUGCAAAAGACUUAGUCCUGCUUCUCACAACUAAGGGUACGACAUCCUGACGGCUGAACAGUACUGUCUCCUCGACCUCUUCCCUCAGAGAUUUGCACAAAAGAGGAAAUUAAGAACUUAUACAAGUCCUGAUGGUUAUUAAUUAACUGAACACACUCAACAAAAUGUAGCUAUUAGCUAAUUUAGCUAACUUCCUCUCACCUCAGCUGCUAUACGUGAACUUAAGGACCCCUUGGACCAAGUCUCCUUCUUCCAUGGGUUUUAGUACUUGAUUACUAAGAAUGUUUUGAAAUGCCUCCCUCACUGUGCAGUCUUUGUGUGCUGAUAUUGUAGCAAACAACUAGUAAAAAAUGUUCUUCCUCUGCCAAAUAGGGAGCACCGAUGCAAAGUUAACCAGCACGAAUGUCCCACAUUGACAGAUUUUUAACUUCCAUUUCCCCCCCCCUAAUAUGUGCGAUGUCUUCCUUUUGUGAUUUAACCAUGCAAGUGGAUUAUUUAUUUUUUAAGCUUUAAUGUUGUUUGAUUUUUAAUUAACCUGGUGUUGUGCUGUCCGAUCACCAGGGGCGAUGAUAAUCAAGUCUUUCAUGACUUUUCCUAUUCCCCAGAUUCAUUGAUUGUUUUUACUCUCUGUCAGAACUAAACAUAUGGUAGUUUUAAACCAAUACAAAGGGUUGCAAUGUUAAACUGUCCAUUAAUAUUGUAUAAUAAGCACACAAAUGUCCCUUUAUCAUCAUCCAUUAAAUGUGUGGGAUCCUAAA